AUGGCAGCCAUUCAGCCAAGGGUGGUGUCCCUGGUUGUCAUAUCUGACAUGAUAUGUCCAUGGUGUUACGUCGGACAUCGCGAGCUGACGCUCGCGAUUGAAGCCGUCGCGGACUUACCGAUCACUAUCAAAGUCGAACACCGGCCCUACAGACUGCAGCCGUCGCUGAAGGACGACCAAUGUAUUGUUAAACGGGAGUGGUAUCUUGAACGAUUUGGCAAGGAGAAGUCGUCGAAUAUUGAGCAGUUGGUCACCGCGCGGGCGAAACAGCUUGGGCUUAACAUCAACUAUGAAGGCACGAUCACACAGACGACGCGCGCACACCGUCUCAGCUUGAAGGCUUGGAAGCUUGGUGGUCAGGCUACUCAGGAACCUUUCAUAAACGCGAUCCACAAAGCCUACUUCGAGGACUGUAAGAACAUCGGAGACUUCGAGGUCCUCGGCGAACUCGCGGAAGCUAGCGGUGUGAUGUCGAAAGCGGAGGCGGUGAAAUUCCUCGAGUCCGACGAAUGCCUGGAGGAGGUCGAGGAGAUGUCUGCCGAGGCACGGAGGAAAGGCGUGACGGGUGUUCCCUUCACAAUUGUCGACGGAAGAUGGGCCGUCAUCGGUGGACAGACGUCCGAGGUAUACAUCGAGAUAUUUAAGAAGCUUGCGCAGACUGAAAAGGGGACGCCUCUUAACGGGGUGCCUGCUGCAUCUACGUGUCUAGCCUAG